AUGGAGGGCUUCGAUACCAUGGCUAUGCCGCCUUAUCUGGCGAGCCCGCUCUCCCUCGGCAAUCUCCAAGGCUCCGACUACCUGAACGCCAUGUCCGGCCUCGAUCUCCCCGACCAUCGUUCUACCUUUGACUCCGAGACUUUUGUUAGUGGGGAUGAUCUCGCCUUCACCCAAGGUGGGCUUCCACGCUCCAAUGUUCCGCCCUCCUUGGAGCGCUUCCCCUCGGGGUACGAUGACCCUUUCACCGACAUGGUCGCUCCCUUUGAUCCUGUCCCUCCGGAGCAACCACAGGACUCUUCGAUCGAUCACAACAAUAAAUUACUGAGCUUCUCGCUUCCCGUCUACCACUUUACCUUACUCGACUACUCCAUGCGACGGACAUCCUUGUCCGUCUCCGCCCAACUACAUGGAAUGUUCUUUUUGGCCGAAUCCCCUUAUACUACAUCACCGUCCGAGAAUGCCCCGCCGCAACAGGGAGCCGAGUUGACCUGCUACCGUCGCAAUCUAUUCCAGAUUACCGGCUCCGUCACCCUGCCCCGAGGCAUGCGUUAUAUCAUGACCGAUAAUGGCGAUCGGAUCCCCAUCUUGGCUCAGGAACUGACUGUCUCGGCCACGGAAUCGGUCGAAGGGAACCCUGUCAAGAUCAUCUCGGUGCCCUGGAAGACUCCCUCCGCGGCAGCUGCGAACGCCGGCACUGCCAUCGAGGAUCACAAUAAUGGCGCGGCCAAGGUCGAGAAGGAGCCUCAGGCAAUCCCACUGGACAUCAUGGCGGGUCAGGAUCUAGAUACGGACUACGCUACUUUCCCCAUCGCCUGGAAGCGUUUGCAGUUCCGGGUGGCCACGGCUAACAAUGGUCGCCGGAAGGAGUUGCAGCAACAUUUCGUCGUUCGGCUCAAGGUGGUCGCGACAUUGUCCACCGGGGCCAAGAUCUCCAUCUCAGAAGUGCAGUCGGGCCCUGUCAUUGUCAGGGGUCGCAGUCCACGCAAUUUCCAAUCCCGAAAGGACCUACCCCUCAGUGGAAGUGCUGCAGCAUCACGAAAGAACCAGGCCAACUCGGCAGCUCUCAAUCGCACCCCAACUAGCGAGUCGGUCCCCCGCCGUGCUAGCGUCACCCCAGCUAAGGCCAAGGCCCCAUCUACCACAGUCCAGAGCAGCUCCCCUGAGACCACGUCCGUUCCACCCCCCACCAUCAUGCAACAACCCCAGGCAACUCCUGAUUGGACCCCGAUGCCCCAUGUCGCAUCUAACCCCGUAAUAUCCCACCAUCAACCUCUAUUCCCUCAUUCCAGUCCGGAGCAGCUUUCUCAAAUCAGUCAACAACGCAGAGUUAGCAGCACAACGGGUGCCGCUGCAGCGCCUAUCAACUUGUCUCUUCUGGAUGAUGACGACCGGGGCGAUGCAGGUCUUCAGCUAGAUCAAAAGAUCAUGAAUCCCUACCCUAACGAAAUGUCCCAGCAACAACAGCCUGGGGCCAUGGAUCAUGCUGCACCACCGGCCAAGAUGCGCAAGAUCUCCCACAACAUCUCUCAGACUCCGUCCCGGAGUGCCACCUCAUCCAUCCCUCUGUUGGAGACUGCCAAUCUACCCCAACAAUUUGUUUCUUCGCUACCAUUCCCUAACGAGGGCACCGACUUUCUCUAUGAGUACUUCCCUUUAGGAUUGGAUGACUGGCAGGCACCCGUAGACGCCGUCUACCGACCACAUGUGGUACAUCAUACCAACAUGCCUGAAAUGAAGUUUGUGGCAUCUAGAGGCCGCAGCAAGCGCUAUUUCGCCGCUGAGGAUGUCUUUUAA